AUGCAAAAAAUAGCAAUCUCGGGUGUCCUAGUCAAUGAUUUGAAUAUAUUUGAUGGUAUGGAAACCGAAUCGGAUACACAUAUGGAAUUUGAUAUCGUACAUUAACCCCUGCAUUUUAUCUUUUUAAUUAAUUAAAUUAUUAACCAUACUGUCUUCAUUUAAUAUAUUAAUGUAGGUUUUGUUACGGAUGGGGAAUUUAAUAGCCUGAGGACCAAAGGGAAAAAACGUCCACUUCACUUGGUGCAGUUAAUACGGGAUGCUCGGGAAAGUGUCAUGAGGAAAUCAAAGUCAUCCUUGUUGAAAUUGCUUGUGAAAUUAGGAGGUAAUGUCUAUUGUGUCAUUAUCUUUAUGUCUACAUUGUUUCCAAGUUGUACCCUGUGACAUCAUGACCCCUGACAAUGGCUGCAAUUUGGAAACAGUUGAUUGCCAACCUCACCUACUAUAUUGUUUGCGGCGUACCGUGCUAGUGACGUGUAAUACUGUAGAACAUAAACCAUUGAAGACAUUAAAGUAGUUCAAUGUACUGUUCAUAAUUAUUUUCCUAAUCAAUAAUUUUUUUGUAUUGUUAUAGACGAUGCUAAUGGAAUGCCUUUCACAGAAGUAGUAGAUCCAGCAAUACCUUAUGAUAUAAUUAAUCUGCUUCAUAACCUGAGAUUUGCAGAGGGAUGGAGUCUAUUAGAGGCUGUAAAUAGCAUAAGGAUGUCCUUAGUACCAGAAGGAUAUGAACCUUAUCCCUUCAGGAAUGGAGUAGAAGAAUGUCUGGAGGAUAUGUUGAAAUCUGUUGUGGCUACCUAUCGAUUUAGGUAUACAAUGAGCAAGUAUGUGUCUGAGGGUGUAGACUUUUCAACAUAUCUUUACAUCCCAGAGAUUGAUGAAGCAACUGGCGAGGCAUUCCACGAAAGGGAAGAUCAUUGCCAUAUUCUCAAACGCAUCUGGAAACACACAAGGGAGGCAGGACCAUCAGGAACUAACUUACAGGGCUUUGAUGAUGCAAUGCGUGAUCCCAACACUGGAUUGACAUUUGCAGCCCUUACUGGUGAAAGAAAGCAAUCAGUGGUUGAUGCAGAAAGAAUGUUGUCAUACCUUGUUUCCAAGUUUCUCAAUGAAAAUGGUUAUGAGAAGGAAGGAGCAUAUAUCAACAUUGUUGCAGGAUGGCAUGAGGCUGCAGAUGGUAGAGGUCUUCCCGAGCUUGAGCGAUGUAAGAAGAACUACGCUAUGCUGAACAUGAUCCUGGAUGACUGGAUGCCUUGGCACAAAACAACACCAGAUCUAUCUACCAUUGACAUUAACAGGUGAUGGAUAUGCUGUACUGUACUACAUGCACUGUACUGUACUGUACUGUAGUGUAGUGUACUGUACUGUAUUAAGUAAGUGAUUGGUUAUUCUCUCAAAAAGAAAGAAAAGGCAAAAAUAGAAAAAGAAAGAUAGGAUUUUCAAUGAAAUACUGUAAGUCUGUUAAUUAAAUUAACAGAAAUACAGUAGAUGAACAUGUGUAUUACAGUACAUGUAUAACAUCUUACAGUUAGUAGCACUUACAGUUCAGUUAAUCUUCCUUAGGCCAAUCAAAGGGAUUUGUGGUUUUUCGAGAGAGACUGUGAUUGCUGUAACAACCAAUAUUGAGAGCAUUGAAUACCGCAGAAGAGAAACUGAUAGAAUUGGCUAUCCUGAGCAUCCUAGAGCUGGAACGUCAGAUGAUGUAGAGGCAUUCAUAUCAUUGUUGCACCGUUUUCUUGGGAAUAUCUUUACAAUGAAAGACAUGAAAUCCUUAUGGAGGAAGGUUGUGAGGUACAUAAAUAUGGGCAAUUGCUCUAAACAUUGCAUGCAGAGUGUCUGUGUUCAUGAUAAGUAAUGACUCCGGUUGCAGCAAUACUCUAUUCCUUUCCACUUUCAGAGAGUAUUGUAAACGUAUUGAUAAAGAUUUGCCCUUUUAUUACUGGACAAGCAAUGAACGCUUCAUGGAGUUUGAGGAAACCAUGCCUAGUUUCAACGAAGUUGUGGAAGUUCCAGAUAACACAGAGCCGAAAGAUCAUCCUCUCCGUCUUCACAAACUUUCUGUCAACAGACGAGAAGAUUCUUCCAUCCCCACAUCAGGACGUUUAUCUUUGCCAGCACGCAACCAAGUUACUGUUCGUCAUCGUCUUCACAGACCUGUCGUGGAACCCCCGUUAUUAGAAGGGCUAAUGGAAGGACUCGAAGAGGAAGAUCCUCUGGAAGAUGAUGCAUUCCUAAUGGGCGAUGAGUAG